CUCUCCUCUCCCGUCCCGUGAUGCCUCGCGCCGCCAGUGGAACAGGCGCAAGAUGGCGGCUGAGCGGCAGGUGGCCAGCGGCGGUAGCGGCCGUGGAGGUGGUGGAAGCGGCGGCGGCGGCGGCGGCAGCAGCAGCGGAGGCUCCGCGGCGGGCCUAGAGGAGAACAAGGAGAAUGAGAAGCCGAAACCGGGCGGCCUUGGCGAUAGCCUGGGCCUGGAAAUCCUUCAGAUUGUUAAGGAAUCGCAACAGCAACAUGGGUUACGGCAUGGUGAUUUUCAGAGAUACAGAGGUUACUGCUCCCGACGACUAAGAAGACUCAGAAAAACUCUUAACUUCAAGAUGGGAAAUAGGCACAAGUUCACAGGCAAGAAAGUAACAGAAGAACUGUUAUCCGACAACAGAUAUUUGCUCUUGAUUCUGAUGGAUGCUGAGAGAGCCUGGAGUUAUGCUAUGCAGCUUAAGCAGGAAGCCAACACAGAACCUCGCAAACGAUUCCACUUGUUAUCUCGCCUGCGCAAAGCAGUAAAACAUGCUGAGGAGCUGGAGCGCCUGUGUGAAAGCAACCGCGUGGAUGCCAAGACCAAGCUGGAAGCUCAGGCGUAUACAGCAUACCUCACAGGUAUGCUCCGCUUUGAGCGCCAGGAAUGGAAAGCAGCAAUGGAAGCAUUUAACAAAUGCAAAACCAUAUAUGAAAAGCUGGCUAGUGCUUUCACAGAUGAGCAGGCUAUACUAUAUAAUCAGCGAGUGGAGGAGAUCUCCCCAAAUAUUCGUUAUUGUGCUUAUAAUAUUGGUGACCAGUCUGCUAUUAGUGAGCUAAUGCAAAUGAGACUGAGAUCUGGAGGCACUGAGGGGCUUCUUGCUGAAAAACUUGAGUCAUUAAUCACCCAAACCCGAGCAAAGCAGGCAGCCACUAUGAGUGAGGUAGAAUGGAGGGGAAGAACAGUGCCAGUGAAGAUAGACAAAGUGAGGAUCUUCCUGCUGGGGAUGGCUGAUACUGAAGCAGCUAUUGCUCAGGCAGAAGAAGAAGAAACUAAAGAACGGCUGUUUGAAUCCUUGCUGAGUGAGUGUCGAGAUGCAAUACAAGCUGUUCGUGAAGAACUGAAACCAGAUCAGAAGCAGCGGGAACAUUCUUCAGAAGUGGAUUCUGGAAAGGUUACUAAUAUCCAGUACCUGCACAGUUAUCUGACAUACAUCAAGCUGUCCACAGCCAUCAAGCGCAAUGAGAGUAUGGCAAAGGCUUUGCAGAAGGCGCUGCUUCAACAGCAGCAGCCCGAGGAAGAUGGCAAGCGUACACCUCGGCCUCAGGAUUUGAUACGCCUUUAUGACAUCAUCUUACAGAAUCUGGCAGAGUUGCCACAACUUCCUGGUCUGGAAGAAGAUAAAGGCUACCUAAAGGAAAUUGGGAUAAAGACACUGGUGUAUAAAGCUUACAGGUGUUUUUUCAUUGCACAGUCAUAUGUUCUAGUGAAGAAGUGGAGUGAAGCCCUUGUUUUGUAUGAUCGAGUUCUGAAAUAUGCCAACGAAGUCCAGGCCCAAGCUGGAACUUAUAAGAACAGCUUAAAGGAGCUGCCUGAUGUCCAAGAACUGAUCACUCAAGUGAAUGCAGAAAAAUACUCCUUGCAAGCAGCUGCCAUAUUAGAUGCUGGUGACAACCAUGAGAUUGAAUCACCAUCCCAGGUCAAGGAUGGCAAGCCACUUUCUGAACGGUUUGAGACUUUCUGCCUGGAUCCUUCUCUUGUCAGCAAGCAAGCCAGUCUGGUGCAUUUCCCGCCAGAAUUCCAACCGAUACCAUGCAAGCCUUUGUUCUUUGACCUGGCUCUCAACCAUGUUACUUUACCACCCUUGGAGGACAAAGUGGAGCAGAAAGCAAAGAGUGGUCUCACAGGAUAUAUCAAGGGCAUCUUUGGAUUCCGGAGUUAACCGGGGCCAUUCUCAAGAAGAGUGCUUUUCUUCCUGUAUUUUGGGAUGGCUCCAGCAGGUUCAGACCUUAACUACUUAUGUCUAAAAUCUAUAUGGGAAGUCUUUAAUAAUUUCCCAGUAUUCUCUUUGUUUGCACACCUGUUUUAUUAGAAACUUUCCACCCUGAGAACAUGCAUAAUGUGGUCUGUCUCCCAACAUUUGAAACUGAAGGAAAGAGCUGGAGUCUCAAAUCACAUUUAUCAAUCAGUUCAGGCAGGAUUAAUGCCCACUUUGUGUGGGCUAGGCAUAUCAUCAUUUUGUUUUACAGCUGAUAUGGUACUUUUAAUUUUCAAAAAGCUAACCCAGCCCUCUGGAUAGUAAAGAACAGAGGGGAACCAAAGGCACAUAUAUGUCUUCAGAUUUGGACUGUGUAAGCAGAGUAUGCAAAAACCCACAGCUGGCUAGAUAUCUGUACUGCCUGCCAUUUCUGACUUUUGCUUACAGCCAUGUAAAGUUUUGUU